UGGAGUCCUGAGACCCGGUAGCACUGAUAAUUAGCAUGGACCGCACAUGUCUUAAGCCAUCCACGGGCUAAGCUCAAGAUCCUCUGGAGUGUGGUCUGUGGAGCCCAACAUGCAGGACCCCGUGGACUUGAUGGCGGUGUUGGGGCCACCCCCGAUCUUAGCCUCCUUAGAGGAACGCCUCGAAUCGUAUCUACUCAGUCCAGAGGACCUGCCCAUCCACGCCGAUCAUGGGGACGAGAUACCCACCCAGUUGGCUUUUUGGGACCGCAUUCCCCAACCCGAACGCGUCCUCCACCUCGACACCGCCCCCAUAGCGACCACCCUCAAAGUCCAACGCGACUUGGCCACGGGUGAUAUCCUCGGCUUUCAAGAGGUCAACCAACCGGGUUGCGGGUCGACGGCCAAGAAUUCAACGUCCUUGACGCGAGCCCCUGGGGCUAAAAUGGAGUCUUUCAUGGGUAGUUCCACCAAUUACCCAUUUUGGCCGGGGGGAUUCGAUCAACCCGAAUUGAGUGGCUCACUUUUGGCCGCGGGAGCCACUGAUCCGAUUUGGGAUGAUGUCACGCAGUAUGCCACCUGUCCACCCGGAUUCGCUCGGGGCAUUAAUUUUGACCCUUUGGUUGAACCGGCUACGGCCAUGGCGGCUCGCGGUCCCGUCAGUGAAAUGGUGGAUCUGGCCUCCAUGCUCACCUUGGACGACCAAUCGGGUCUCUUCGAGGCCAGCCAGACGUCAGCCCCGGUUGAGACGGCGUUGGGGUCACUCAAGGCUAGUAUUCCCUCUCAGGACGGGUUUUGGCCGGAUGAUACGGGUGUGCCCGUAUUGACCAUUAGUAAAGGCCCGAGCACGUCGAGUGGGCUGAGUGCCACGGAAUGGGCGGAAAUCGUGGAUGUGACCCAGCCCAUGACUGACUUCCAUCAGAAAGUCCCGCAAAUGGCUUUCACUUGGCCGUUCGAAUUAGAUACGUUUCAGAAGCAAGCGGUUCUCCGAUUGGAGUCCAAUGAGUCCGUAUUUGUGGCCGCCCAUACGUCGGCGGGCAAGACCGUGGUGGCCGAAUAUGCUAUUGCGCUCUCCCAGAAGCACAUGACGCGCACCAUUUACACGUCACCGAUCAAGGCCUUGUCGAAUCAAAAGUUCCGUGAUUUUAAAGAUACCUUUCAGGAUGUGGGAUUGGUGACGGGGGACAUUCAAAUCAAUCCCACAGCUACGUGCCUCAUUAUGACUACGGAGAUCCUCCGGUCCAUGUUGUAUAAUGGCAGUGACAUCAUUCGUGAUUUGGAGUAUGUGAUAUUUGACGAAGUGCACUACAUUAACGAUGCCGAGCGAGGAGUGGUUUGGGAAGAAGUUCUUAUUCUUCUACCGAAUCAUGUGAAUAUCAUCAUGCUAAGUGCCACGGUUCCCAAUACCCUUGUGUUUGCAGAUUGGGUGGGAAGGACGAAGAAGAAGAAGAUAUACGUCAUCAGCACCUUGAAGCGUCCAGUGCCUUUGGAGCAUUUCCUCUAUACUGGAUCCAACGCCAAAUCUCGGGACGAAAUGUUUCUUCUUCAGAACGCCCAGGGGCAGUUCCUUCAAGAGGGAUACAAUAAGGCUUACCGAGUGAAAAAAGACCGCGAGAGCAAAGGUAAGGCCUCUACGGGUGCUAAAGGGGUUCGAGACCGCGUUGGUCCUCAACAAGAAAAGAACAUUUGGCUGACCCUGAUCGACCAUCUUCAGAGGAAGGAUAAACUCCCUGUGGUGUCAUUUACCCUCUCAAGAAAUCGCUGCGACCAAAACGCGGCUCUUCUUACCAGUAUGGAUCUAACCACCGCUGUCGAGAAGUCCGACAUUCAUCACUUCAUCCACAAAUGCGUCUCCAGACUCAAAGGUUCGGAUCGUAAAUUGCCUCAAGUCCUGCAGUUGACCGAGUUGCUGAAGCGAGGCAUUGGUAUUCAUCAUAGUGGAAUUCUCCCGAUUCUGAAAGAAGUCGUUGAAAUGUUGUUCCAACGUGGGUGGGUCAAAUUGCUCUUUGCCACAGAAACGUUUGCCAUGGGGAUCAAUAUGCCGGCUCGAACGGUCGUCUUUGACAAUAUCAAAAAGCACGAUGGCAAGAACUUUCGCACUCUCUUACCCGCAGAGUAUAUCCAAAUGGCGGGUCGUGCGGGUCGCAGGGGGCUUGACAGUACAGGAACCGUUAUCAUUUUAGUGAAGAACGAACUCCACGACAUGGCCCAAUUGCACGGUAUGAUGCAGGGAAAACCCACUCAACUGGAAUCCAAGUUCAGGCUCACGUAUUCAAUGAUCCUUAAUCUGUUGCGGGUGGAACAACUCAGGGUUGAAGAUAUGAUGAAACGCUCGUUUUCAGAAAUCAACAAUGAGAAAAAGAAGAACUCUUACAAGGACCGAGUGCGGGAACUUGAAGUCGAGAUCGCCAAUCAACAAGAUCUCCAAGGACCUCUGUAUGAGGAAAUCAAGUCAUUUUAUCGUCAGGCAGCCGAGUUCUUUCAGAUCCGUGACCAAGUUUGGCCUUUGGUUCUGAGUCAUCCCACAGCCAUAAAGUUGAUCAGUGCAGGACGAGUGGUGGUCCUAAAUAUUGGGAACCGAGUGAACACAUUUGGUAUGAUCCUUGGCACCGACAAGAAGUCGCUGAGGAAGACUUACUCGGUUUUGAUCCAGGGAGAGAUUAGGUGUGACGGCAUUGAGAAGGAGGCCGACCUAAAUCGAUUCCUCAGUCUAGGUUAUGAUUAUUCAACUGAUGUGAUCCAAGGUGACGAGCACUCGAUCUUGGAGGUGAAUGAUGAUGAUAUUAUCGAUAUAACUACCAAAUCGAUGAAGAUCGAUGCUGAUAAGAUCCUCGAAAGUGUCAAGCGUCGACAAAUCCCAAGAUUCAAGAACGAUCCUCCAGGUCAAUCCGUUAUUCUUGCAAUAACAGAGUUGAAGAAAUAUGCCGACCUCGUUCGUGAGACUAACACCGAGAUGGUAAAUCUGAUUCGAGAUCUUAAGAUCCAAGACAUGGAUCUGGUCACCGAUCUCCAGAAGAUGCAAAGCAUUCGUGACAAUGUGUCGAAUAUGUCCUGUACGUCCAUGCUGGAUUUCAAGAAUCAAUUCACAAUGGUCUACCAACAAAUGAAGCUUCAAGCAGAAUUAGAGCACACCCAAUUUCUUAUGUCUGAGAACAGCUUAACCUUCCUACCUGACUACCAUAAACGCAUUGAAGUGCUCCGAAGCCUCCGUUAUAUCGAUGACAACAACACGGUUCAAUUGAAAGGCCGAGUGGCGUGUGAAAUGGGCAGUCAUGAGCUGAUGAUGACCGAGCUAAUAUUGGACAACUUCUUGAGAGAUCGCCAUCCCGCCGAAAUUGCAGCCUUACUCUCUUGCAUGGUGUUCCAGCAAAAGAAUUGCAGUGCUCCAGAACUGACCGAAUCUUUACAAAAGGGCGUGGAGGACAUCAAAUUGUGUGCCACGAGGAUUGGCCAAGUACAAAAGGACUGUGGUAUGGAGCAGGCCGUCCAGGAUUAUGUCGAGCAAUUCAACUUUGGUUUGGUGGAAGUGGUUUAUGAAUGGGCCCGUGGCAUGCCCUUCUCUGAGAUCACUCGUCUAACGGAUGUUCAAGAAGGCGUGAUUGUUCGAACCAUUCAAAGGUUAGACGAGACUCUUCGAGACGUGAAGGAUGCUGCCAGAGUGAUUGGAGAGCCUGUGCUUUACCAAAAGAUGGAUGAAUCAUCGAAUAUCGUGAAAAGAGACAUUGUUUUUGCCGCUUCCUUGUAUACACAAUAAUAAAAAAGAAAUAUUUUCGCAUCCAA